GUGAUGCGGCUCCGCGGUCACUGCUCCGGAGUCCGUUUGACGUGCGAUGCCUCGAUUCACGGUCCACAUUCGAGAUGAGUGGCUGGCUGUGCCCUGCCGGGACACCAGCAACACCAUCCGCUGGCUCGGACAGGAGGCGCUCAAACGAUAUAUGAAGAACAAACCGGACAACGGAGGGAUCGUGGACGUGAAGGAUACGCGGUUUUUGGUGCGCAGGUGUCAGGGGUUGGGCUUGCUGGACACAGACGACACCAUCGACGAUGUCCUGGAGGAUAAUGACUUCGUCGAGCUCGCUAUUGAAGGAGACACCAUGUCUCCUGACUUUAUUCCCUGCCAACCCGGAGUCUCUCACCUAACAGCAGCUUACAGGGAGCCUGGAGAAUUCAUUGCUUUGGAUGGCAACAGCCUGACGUCGACAGAUCUGGUCAACUUGGGCAGAGGACUCUACAAGAUAAAGCUAACGGCAGAGGCAGAGAUGAAGGUUGUGCAAUCCCGAGAGCUUCUGGACACCAUCGUGAAAGAAAACAAAGUUGUUUACGGUAUCACAACAGGUUUUGGCAAAUUUGCACGAACCGUCAUUCCAGUCAGCAAACUCAAGGAGCUGCAGGAGAACCUGGUGCGGUCGCACUCUGCAGGUGUGGGCAACCCGCUGAGUCCAGAGAGAACCCGAAUGCUCCUCGCUCUAAGGAUCAACGUUCUUGCUAAAGGUCACAGUGGAAUUUCUCUGGAGACGCUUUUAGCCAUGAUCCAGGCCUUUAAUGCUUCCUGUCUCUCCUUCGUGCCUGAGAAGGGGACGGUGGGUGCAAGCGGGGAUCUGGCGCCUCUGUCUCACCUCGCACUGGGCUUGAUGGGAGAGGGCAAAAUGUGGUCGCCCAAGAGCGGGUGGGCCGACGCCAAAUACGUCUUGGAGGCCCACGGGCUGAAGCCAAUAACACUGAGGCCCAAAGAGGGUCUAGCACUGAUCAAUGGGACCCAGAUGAUCACAUCACUGGGGGCGGAGGCCGUAGAGCGUGCACAGGCCAUUGCCCGACAAGCGGACAUCAUAGCGGCUCUCACGCUGGAGGUGCUGAAGGGAACCACCAAGGCCUUUGAUAGCGAUAUCCAUACACUGCGUCCACAUCCAGGACAGGUUGAAGUGGCCCAACGCUUCCGCUCGCUCCUAGACUCCGACCAUCAUCCAUCCCAGAUUGCAGAGAGCCAUCGCUUCUGUGACCGAGUCCAGGAUGCCUACACCAUGCGCUGCUGUCCUCAGGUGCAUGGCAUCGCCAACGACACAAUCCGAUUUGUCCAAAACAUCAUCAACACUGAAAUAAAUAGCGCCACUGAUAACCCCAUGGUGUUUGCAGAAAGAGGUGAGACUAUAUCUGGUGGUAAUUUUCAUGGCGAGUACCCUGCAAAGGCCCUAGAUUUUUUGGCCAUUGCUGUUCAUGAACUGGCCUCCAUCAGUGAGCGGAGGAUCGAGCGGUUGUGCAAUCCGUCUCUGAGUGAGCUGCCAGCUUUCCUGGUCAAUGAAGGAGGGCUGAACUCCGGUUUCAUGAUCGCUCACUGCACCGCAGCUGCACUAGUUUCAGAAAACAAAGUUUUGUGUCACCCGUCUUCUGUCGACUCCUUGUCUACGAGUGCUGCUACCGAGGAUCACGUGUCGAUGGGUGGCUGGGCAGCCAGAAAGGCUCUCAGAGUGGUGGAACAUGUAGAGCAAGUUCUAGCUAUCGAGCUGUUGGCAGCCUGUCAGGGUAUCGAGUUCCUCCGUCCCCUUCGUACCACCACUCCAUUAGAGAGGGUCUAUGACCUGGUGCGCAGUGUGGUCAAACCCUGGAUCAAAGACAGAUUCAUGUCUCCCGAUAUCGAGGCAGUGCAUCGUCUCAUCCUGGACCAAAAGGUGUGGAAUGUUGCCCAGCCAUACAUUGACAAGUAUCAGUCAGAGUACAUCCCUGAAUCCAGGCCCAUCUCUCCAACUGCCUUCUCUCUGGACCCACCGGCAUCUCCAAGAAAACGCAUUCGUCACGAGUGACUAGAGGAUGGAUGCACGUGAACAUGUUUGCUCUUGAAGCAGUAGCCUUGUUUCCAGGCUCCUGGUACUUUAUAACUCUGUGUGUGAGCAAGCACAGCUUGUUAGAAUCUUAAAGCCAGCUCAAUUGACAGCGGAUUUCUAUAACGUGGUUGUAAUUCUGGAGAUCACAUGGAUCAUGUGUGUUGUAUUUUAUUCUGUUUUGUUCUAGACAUUAGUGCAAUUGAACAAUGUGUUUAUCAACACGUAAAUGAAUCAUUUAGUUUCUACUGCCUUUUGACUACCUCAUUUAUUGUUCCUUUUUAGCAAGAAGGCCAAAGCAAAAAUAGUGACUGAUCAAAUAUAGAAUUCUGAAACGUAAACAAAAACCUUAGAAAACAAUAAAACAUUUGAAAGUACUUCUUC